AUGGGAUUUGCAGUGGCGUUGAUGAUCAUUGCAGCCUCAAUGCUAGUGGGCUGCACCAAUAACAUAGUAGUCUUGGCUGGAGAUGAACCAGGAGCCAUUCACGUGGGUGGAAAAGUGCUGUGCCAGGACUGCACCCAGGGCUGGAACGAAUGGGUUAAUGGCGGUAAACCAAUCAAAGGAGUUAAGGUGUCCCUAACGUGCAUGGACAAGAGAAGCAGGGUUGUGUGCUAUACAAGUGAUACAACAGAUGAGUUGGGACAGUACGACAUGACAGUGAACAAGUAUGUCCACGGCAAGGAAUUGGAUACAAAGCAAUGCUCAGUGAGGUUGGUGUCUUCCCCAGAUUAUGCUUGCAACAUCCUCACUGACUUUGGUGGUGGCAAGUCUGGCGUCAAGCUCAACAACCCGACAUCGGUGUAUCGCAGUUUGAUCAAAUACGUGCUCAACCCCUUCUAUUAUACCACUCCUAUGUGUGAUAAGCCCGAAACUAACACCACUGAUUCUGAAUCUAAAGAUUCUAAAGGACAAGGAGGCCAUUACUGA